CCAAUCCAUCCUAGGGACGGUUUGUUUACCGCUUGUUAUGGUGGCUACGCUUGUUUACGCUGCUGGAUUUGAGCAAUAAUGUUUCACAUGAGGCAGAAGUGCUGAACGGCUAAUUAUUAGAGUAGAUGGAGGCGCCCCAGUUUCCUUCUCUACAGCCGAAAAUAGCCGACCAGUCUUGGUUCUACGUUGACCGGCCCUGUGAUGACGAAUCCGAGUUAACCCAGCUAGAGAAAGAACACCAAAGCGCGCUCACCAGCAUCGCGCAGACGCACAACGACCUUGUUCCGAUUGGGAAAACUGCAGCAGAAUUGCAGGAUGAAGACGAGGAAGACGAUGAGGACGACGACAAUGAGGACGACGAAAGUGAUAGCAACGAGGAUGAAGACGACGAACUGGAUGCAGAUGACAUCAAUUACGAUCAAGACUCGCCUAUGUUCCAUUAGCUGCCAUUCUAGGUGACACCAACAGAGAAAUAAAUUGUAUUCUUUUCUCACGCU